AUGAAUUUUGGAAGCGCAUCCACGAGCGGAGGCUCGUCCCCUUUUGGUCAGCCAACCUCAGGCUCAUCCGGCGGCCUCUUUGGCAACGUUGGUGCAAGCGGUCAGACUUCGACCUCAUCGCCCUCACUAUUCGGAGCAACCCCAGCCGCAACCUCAAGCAAUCUCUUUGGCGCGCAGAAGCCUUCUACUGGCGGUACUUUCAGCUUUAAUAACCCAAAUCAACCAUCGAGCCAGCAAACCAAUUCACCCAUCUUUGGUUCAGGCGCGGCGACCCCAAAUAAAGCACCAGAUUCCGCAACCCAAGGACAGCAGAAGCCAUCGGGCCUAUUUGGGGGUGGAAAUACUACAACAGGGAGUUCCGGUCUAUUUGGAAGCACAACUCCAGCUACCACGAAGUCAGGACUGUUCAGCACUACGUCAACAACACCCGCCGGCCCACCUCCCCAAGCUCAAUCAAAUGCUCCAAAAAUGCCAUCUUUUGGACAACAAUCCAGUGCUCCAUCAACCCUCUUUGGGAAUGCACGCACUUCGAGCCCGUUAUCUACAUCGUCCCCGGCCGUUUCAGCUCCAACUUUCGGUUCAGGCAUCGGAGCAGGCCAACAGCAACAAACGAAGCCUUCCAGCGGCUUGUUUGGCGGCGCCAGUGGAGCAGGCAAUACUUCUAAUACUACCUCUGGAAGCCUAUUCACUAACUUGGGCCAGUCAAAGCCAGGUGCGGAGACUCCGAAACCAGGCGCAAGCACAGGUUUAUUUGGAGCAGCCGGAAGUACCCCUGCGACCACCCAAUCGUCAGGUUCAUUGUUCGCACCUUCGUCCGGAGCCUCUAGUCAGCCAGCUUUCUCUCUGACACCCGCAGCUUCAACCCAACCAUCUACAUCUCUCACUACCACCUCCACAGCAGGCGGCAACACCCAGAAACCUCUAUUUUCCCUUGGUACUCCAGCAUCCACAACUACACCGGCUACGACCACAGCUACGCCAUCUGGUGGACUAUUUGGCACUCCAAAGCCCACAGCUUCUACUGGAUCCACAACACCAGCUACUACCGCUGCUGCUGCACCAGCGGCCAGCAACAUGUUUGCAAACAUGGGCAACCCAGCUGCCACAACGACAGCCACUUCUGGGGCUACAACCGCGGCAUCUACUGGUGCUCCAAAGUUUGGUGCCUCUGCUGCGACUCCCGCGUCCUCUGCGCCCGCAGCCACCACCACAACCACUGCACCAGCCACUGCGGCAGCUGGAACUACUGGAACUAACCUAGGAGCAUCGACCGUAGGACCGGCUCCACCAGCUCAAUCACGCCUAAAAAACAAGACUAUGGAUGAGAUCAUCACUCGCUGGGCGACAGACCUUACAAAAUACCAAAAGGAGUUCCAAGAACAAGCAGAACAAGUGGCUGAAUGGGACAGGAUGCUGGUUGAAAAUGGCACAAAGGUGCAGAAGCUGUACGGAAAUACUGUUGACGCUGAAAGAGCCACGCAGGAGGUCGAGCGGCAACUCGCCUCCGUUGAGAGCCAGCAGGAUGAGCUAAGCUCGUGGCUUGAUCGGUAUGAACAGGAGGUUGAGACUUUGCUAUCUAAACAGGUUGGAAUGGGGGAUAACCUUCCUGGGCCCGAUCAGGAACGAGCAAGAACCUAUAAACUUGCCGAACGUCUUUCAGAGCGCCUGAAUGAAAUGGGCCAGGAUUUAACUAGUAUGAUUGAGGAAGUUAACACCGCUUCUGCAACUCUUAGCAAGACCAGCAAGGCUGAUGAACCGAUCUCCCAAAUUGUUCGCAUCCUAAACUCGCACCUCUCCCAGCUCCAACUCAUCGACCAAGGAACGGCAGCUCUGCGAGCAAAGAUCACCGCAUCUCAAAAACUCGGCAAUUCUAUUAGCGGGUUCAAGAAUGGUGCUCCACGCGGUGUUGGUGGUGGCAGUGGAGGAGCUGCAGAAGACUUUUACCGCUCUUACAUGGGACGAAGGUAG